AAAUACUUCCGCUGCCCUCUUUGUCACGUGACCUCUAUGUCCUUGGUUUGCUAGCUUUGACAUGUGAGCGUCCGAAAGAUGUCUUUCCCUAAGAAACCAGGCGGUAAAGCACUAGAUGUUUUGCAGAACCUCCCGCGGAUAACCUUAGCGAACCUACGGCCUGAACCAGGAGCCCGGCAAACGGACAAACGCCGGGGCAGAGGGCAGCAUGGUGGCAACAGGAGUGGCAGAGGACACAAAGGAGAGCGGCAGAGAGGGAACCGACCUCGGCUGGGCUUCGAGGGGGGGCAGACCCCCUUUUACCUGGCCAUACCAAAAUACGGAUUCAAUGAAGGGCACAGUCGCCGUCCGCAGUACCACCCUCUGACGUUAAAACGGCUGCAGUACCUGAUCGACCUGGGAAGAGUGGACCCGACUCAGCCUAUAGACCUGACCCAGCUCGUCAACGCCAGAGGAGUCACAAUCCAGCCCCUGAAGCGCGACUAUGGAGUCCAGCUUGUUGACGAGGGUGCUGACAUUUUUGCUGCAAAAAUCAACAUUGAGGUUCAGAGAGCGACUGAAGGAGCCAUAGCUGCUAUUGAAAGGAACGGAGGGGUCAUCACAACCAGUUUCUACGAUCCCAUAAGUCUUGAUAUCCUCAUCAAGCCCGUCCCGUUUUUUGUCCGUGGGCAGCCGAUUCCAAAGCGAAUGUUGCCCGGGGAGGAUAUGCUCCCUUAUUACACAAGUGCUGACAACCGGGGUUACUUGGCAGACCCGGACAAAAUCCAGCAGGCCCGGCUAGCACUGGCACAGAAGUAUGGUUACAUUCUGCCAGAUAUUUCAAAGGAUGAACUGUAUCACAUGCUGGCCAUGAGGAAGGAUAUACGACAGAUCUUCUUUGGCCUUUCUCCAGGCUGGGUUGUUAACAUGCCCGAGAAGAAGAUCCUGAAACCAACUGAUGAAAAACUGCUGAAAUAUUACAGAUCGUAGGUGUUAGGAGAAAAAUACUGUUUAUGUAUAGGGAGCUGGGGGUGUUGAAAGCGUUUUCAUUUUGUAUGGAAAACUGUAGUCUGUGUGUUGCCAUUAAACUUUAUGUUGAAAAAUACA